AAGUGGGCGGGGAAGCGGCUGGUGAUGCUGGAAUAAACAUGGCGGCCUGCGGUUGGCGCGUCCCCCUGUGGAAGGCGCUGGCGCUGCUGUCGCUGUGGGCGGGAUGGGGCCACGGCCGCGUACACCACCUCACGCUCAGAGAUGAUGUGAGGCAGAGAGUUCACCUCAACACGUUUGGCUUCUUCAAGGAUGGUUUAAUGAAGGUCAAUGUCAGCAGUCUUUCACUGAAAGGGCCUAAAGCCCUUGAAGACAAAAACAACCUAGCAGUGGGAUUCACUCUGGACCGAACGAAGAAUGAUGGACUCUACACUUACCUGGAUGAAGAAGUGGAUUACUGUAUCUUGAAAAAAAAACCAGAGCAGGAUGUCUCUGUUGUUCUUCUACUCCUCGACCUCAAAAAUGAUGUUGUGAAAGUAAGGUUCUCUCCAGAAGCUGCUGCUCAGUUGCCUAAAAUUUUCUUCACGCCAGAAGGGAAUACUUCUGAGGCUACUAAGACUUCAGAACAAGCCAGUGACUCUGAGCAUGCCGUUGGAGAGAGCAGCCAGAAUCCUGAAAACCAAGGCAAAAAGCUCAAACGAAGUACAACAGCAGCUCAGAACAUAAUAGAACAAGUACACCCUAUUCAUAAUGAUAAAGGAACGGUUUCAUUCCAGUUUAAUUUUAGCAUCAGCUCUGAUGACCAAGAAGGUCUCUACAACCUUUAUUUCUACAAGUGUGUUGGCAAUGAUAUGCAGACCAAUGAUCGGCUCCUGUUUAGCCUUGAUAUAGAGAUCACUGAAAAGAAUCCUGAAAGUUAUCUCUCAGCAGAUGAGAUUCCACUUCCAAAGCUUUACAUUUCUAUGGCGCUCUUCUUCUUCCUUUCUGGGACUGUGUGGAUCCAUGUUCUCCGUAAGCGCAGGAAUGAUGUGUUUAAGAUUCACUGGCUAAUGGCAGCUCUCCCUUUUACAAAGUCUCUGUCUUUAGUGUUCCAUGCGAUUGACUACCACUACAUCUCCUCUCAGGGAUUUCCCAUCGAAGGCUGGGCUGUUGUCUAUUACAUCACACACUUGCUGAAGGGUGCUCUUCUGUUCAUCACCAUUGCACUCAUUGGAACUGGCUGGGCUUUCAUUAAACACAUCCUUUCAGAUAAAGACAAAAAAAUCUUCAUGAUCGUCAUCCCACUACAGGUCCUGGCAAAUGUGGCAUACAUCAUCAUAGAAUCAACAGAAGAGGGAACCACUGAAUAUGGGCUGUGGAAAGAGAUCCUCUUCCUGGUAGACUUACUAUGCUGUGGGGCCAUCCUAUUUCCAGUAGUAUGGUCAAUAAGACACUUACAGGAGGCUUCAGCAACAGAUGGGAAAGGUACAAGCUGUUUCAAAUGGAGAUGGAGAGGGGAGCUGGCAGAGCCAAAAUCUGCCAUUAAUCUAGCGAAGUUGAAGCUGUUCAGGCAUUACUAUGUUAUGAUUGUAUGUUACAUUUACUUUACACGGAUCAUUGCGAUGCUUAUUAAGGUUGCUGUCCCAUUCCAGUGGAAAUGGCUCUACCAGCUUUUGGAUGAAAUGGCCACACUGGUGUUCUUCGUCCUUACUGGGUACAAGUUCCGUCCAGCAUCAGACAACCCUUACCUACAACUCUCUCUGGAAGAGGAGGAUGACUUGGAGAUGGAAGCUGUGGUGACCACUUCUGGGGUAAUGGAGGGGAUGAAGAAGGUCAAGAAGGUGAUGAACGGUUCAGCAGAGUCCCAGGGCGAGUGGGAGAACACGGCAUGAUGGCCUGAUCCCCUGGACCAAGGCAGCACUUUCAGAGAGACUUUUUAUGUUUUUAAUUUAUUAAUACACCUCUCAGUGGAAAGGGAGCAACCUGUACUUCCCAACACUGACACUGCAGUGGGGCGUGUGUAGGGGGAGCAAAACAUUGCAAAAAAUACCUAACUAUUCUUUUUUUUUUUUUUAAGAAAAUGGAAUUUCUUGCUGUACCUGCCAAGAGCGUGACACUUUCCUAUGGAUGCAGGGGUGGCUUUGGUUUUCUUUUCGUAAUAUUAUUUUGCCCCCUUUCUGGAACAGGUAGAUGAUCCAAAUUGCUUGGCAGCAUUAUUUGAAAAGUGUAAUACAAAUGGAGAGAGAGAGAGACCUUUUAGUGUGUAUGUAAAGCUUAUAAUUAUAUAAUGCAUAUAGAUACACACAUGCUCUGUAACAUACAUGCUGGAGUUGACCAUAUCAUGAAAAAUGGGGAAAUGGAAGAGGGUAUGUGACUCUUUUUUUGUAAACUUCUGCCAAAUCAGGCAGGCUUCUUGAUGGGCAGGAGGGAGACGGUGAGGAGGCUGUAAAAUAAACUAACAUAAAUGAUCAUUUGGAAAAUGUAA